ACGGCCACGGUCAGGGGCGCGGGCAGGGCCAGGGGACGGCCGAACCGGGCCCAGUCGGACCUGGCGCAGGGCGGAGCCCGAGGUUCAGGCCGGGAGGCGGCGCUACGGGGCCCUUUGCAGCCGCCGCGGGAGGACCCACCUCUGGCAGACUGCCGAUCAGGAUGCGGGUGUCCCCCGCCCGGCCCCGCCCGAGCGGCCAGCAGCCUUCUGCUCCUGCCUCGGCCCCUGCUCCCGCCUCCGUCUGGGCCGCGCCCUGCCCUGCGCUGCGGGUCCAGGUGCUGGUUCUCCUGGUGAGCUGCGCCUCGGCUAGAGCCUGGAGCGUAACCCGGCUCGGACGCGUGCUGUACUCGGUGCCCAGGACCUCGCUGACAGCCUCGGAGGCGGACCCUUUCCUCACCCGGUUCUCCACACCUCUGACCCAAAAUUACUCUAUCCUCCUUGUGGAUCCUGUUUCCAACACGCUUUAUGUGGGUGCCCGGGAUGCCAUUUUUGCUCUGCCCCUGCCUCUCACAGAGGGGAGAGUCCAAAAGAUUGACUGGCCAGUGCCUGAGGCCCACAGACAGAGCUGUAAAAAGAAGGGCAAGAAGGAGGCUGACUGUCAUAAUUACAUUCGGAUUCUUGCCAUGGUCAAUGCCUCUCACCUUCUCACGUGCGGUACCUUUGCCUUCGACCCACAGUGCGGGAUCAUUGAUGUAUCCAGUUUCCAUCAGGUUGAAAGGCUAGAAAGUGGCCGAGGGAAAUGCCCUUUUGAGCCAACCCAGCGGUCGGCUGCUGUAAUGACUGGGGGUGUCCUUUAUGCUGCCAGCAUGAAUAAUUUUCUGGGGACAGAGCCAAUUAUCUCUCGGGCCAUAGGCCCAGCUGAGGAGCGGAUCCGGACAGAGGUCACACCAGCCUGGCUAAAUGCUCCAAAGUUUGUGGCAGCUGUAGCCCUGAGCCCAACUGACUGGGGGGAGGAGGAUGGAGAUACUGAAAUUUAUUUCUUCUUCACGGAGAUGGCUCGAGACUCCGACAUGUACCAACCGAUACAGGUCCCCCGUGUGGCUCGUGUGUGCGCGGGAGAUCUUGGGGGCCUGAAGACCCUCCAGCGGAGGUGGACAACAUUUCUGAAAGCUGAACUGUUGUGUCCAGGGCCCACACAUGGCCGAACUUCCAGCAUCCUGCAGGAUGUGGCUACCCUACGACUGAAGCCUGGCACAGGGGUCCCCCUCUUCUAUGGGAUCUUCUCCUCCCAGUGGGAUGGGGUUUCCAUUUCUGCCAUCUGUGCCUUCCACCCCCAAGACAUCCGGUCAUCAAUGAGCGGCCCUUUUAGGGAGUUCAAGCAUGACUGCAAUAGGGGAAUGCCUGUGAUGGACAGCGAUGUCCCCCAGCCCAGGCCUGGAAUGUGCAUUAACCAACCAAAUGAAGCUACUCGGCUUUGCUCAUCACUUUCCCUGCCUGACCGAGUUCUUACCUUUGUACGGGACCACCCUCUUAUGGACCAUCCCGUGUCCCCUGCUGAUGGCCAACCUCUGCUGGUUACCUCCAACACAGUCUAUCACCUUGCAGCCCACAGAGUGCCAAGCUUGUUGGGAGAAGAGUAUGAUGUACUCUACUGUUCCCCAGGGGAUGGACACUUGCACCGGGCAGUGCGGAUUGGUUCUCAGCUCAGCAUCCUUGAAGACCUGACCUUAUUCCUGGAGCCUCAACCUGUUGAAACUCUCCAGCUGCAUGAUGGUUGGCUCCUGAUUGGCUCUGGCUCUGAGGUGACACAGGUAAACAUCACAGACUGUGGCCGUCUCCAGAGCUGCAGAGAGUGCAUCCUGGCCCGAGACCCAGCCUGUGCUUGGAGCUCCCGGCUCAAGGCUUGUGUUAGCCACAUUGGGGCAGGCGAGGGGCUGCUCCAAGACAUUGAGUUGGGAAAUGCAUCCUUUCUUUGCCCCAAGGAGCCUGGAGCACUUCCUCUCACUCUUGAGGUUCCUGUGGUACCAGCUGCACAUGUGGUCUUGCCGUGUUCCCCACGAUCAGCCUGGGCGACCUGUGUGUGGCACCGGCCAGGGGGUCUCAUUGAAGAUGCAGUGAUUCCUCGGCUGGACGGGCUGGAGGUGUUGGUGACACAGGGUGCCCUGGGAACCUAUGCCUGUAAAUGCAAGGAGGGGGGCACUACUCAAGUUGUGGCUACUUACCACUUGUUCUGGGGGGAACCCCAGGGCCGUGGCCGAAUUGUGGGCUCCGGGCUGGCUGGCUUUAUCCUGGGGGCAGUGGCUUCUACUCUAAUCCUGCUCCUGCUUGGCCGGCAACGUCAGCGACACCGGCAACAGGAGCUCUUGGCAAGAAACAAGGUGGGGCUGGACUUGGGGGCCCCUCCAUCUGGGACCACGAGCUGCAGCCACGAUCCCCCCUCCCCAUCACCUUCCCCAGAAGAUGAGCGGCUCCCAUUGGCCUUGGCUGUGGCCAAAAAGGGCAGCAGCCUCAACGGUUUCCCACCAUCCUUCUUACGGGACUCCCACUCAGGCCCAAACCAAGCUCACAUUCUGCUGACCACAGCACCACUGGCCACAUGUGAUGAGACAUCCAUCUAGAGAUGUGCUAACUGAGUGACUACUUGGCUCAAGAGACUGUUGGGGCCUGGCUUGGGUGGCUGCUGGGAUGUGUUACUAUGUUACAUUUGGGACCCAAGUAACCACCAGGCCCGAGUGACCACUGGGGACUGAAUAACCUCUAGUCACAGACACCUGCUAGGUUCAGUUCAGCAUGGAAUAGUGGAAUGAGCACUGAAUGGAGUUGGAAGACUUGGGUUUGAGUGUCAACUCUGCUAUGCCUUCCUGUCAUUCCCCUUUCUAGACUUUCCUCCUUUAUGGUGGUGGGGGAGGGUGGGCCAGCUGGUUGUUAAUGUCUCUUCCAGCUCUGAUAUUCAGUGAGUCUGAUCCUAUGAUCCCCAGUGACCAAUGACAUUGUGGAAGUCUGCAGGUGUCUUGAGCUCGCCUGACAGCAUCCAUCAAGGGAGGGUAUGAAUGUACAAACUGACUCUGUCCCCCAACCUGAUUCCUCAUCUUGGGAUCUGUAGGUUUUUGUCUUUCCUAGGAAGGGGAUGGUGGACAUAGGAGCUUUCUGUGACCUCAAUGGCCCGGGCUUUGUGUAAGCUACAGAUCAGGGUCCUGAGGUCAGGCACCCGGAAGAAGGAGCUGUCCCUGAGAGGUAUGAGUAAAAUGCUGAGGGAGGGAGAUACUUAUAGGCAGGGUGCUAUCUACCUCCCUGUCGGAGGAAACCCCUAUGUGCUAAGACAUGGGGGCUCUGAGAGUCUGGUUCCUGGUAUGCCCCCUAGACCACACAUAUGUGUUUGAGAAUGCAUGAAAGCCUGGCUAUGUGUUUUGCCUGGCAUAUGUGGAUGUAUGUGUUUGUGUGCUUAAGGAGAUCUGCAUAACUCUGGGCUCUGCCCCUCACCUCUACUAUGUUACCUCUGGGGCUGAUUUCCCCAGCCCACUGUGCUUGGGAAGCUAGUGGCUGGCAGCUGUUUCGGGGUGGGGUGGGCAACCUUGUGUCCGCUUAGUUUCAUGUUUUAUAAACCUCCUGUGUAUAUGACUGUGGUGACCUGCUGACCCCCGAUGGGGAAGGGAAUGGGGUGGGCAAGUGGGUGAAUAUGAAUGAAGGGGGAACUGGGAGUGAGGGUGGGGAUCUGGGAGUAAGGAAAAUAUGCAAGCAUGGGAAGGGAAGCAAAAGGACUGGGAGCAACCAGUAGAAAGAGGCUGAGAUUCUGAGUCGGAGAAUUUGGAUCUUGAUUUGAAUCCCACUUUGGGUGAAUCAAGUCCCCUUUGUGUGUCAUCUGUAAAAUGAAGGUGUUGGAUUCAGUGACCUCUAAGGUAACUUCAAGCUCUAUGAUGUGAGGAAGGAGAUAAUGGGAGUAAAUUGGUUGUCUAAGGGUGGGGGAAGAAUGGG